AUGACCGCAUAUUUCUAUAAUUUCAAGUUGGGCGAUCCAACCAAAACAUACAAUUCGGUUUCCGUCGCGGGCACUUUUAACAAUUGGAGUACCACGCAUGACAAACUCAAAUAUGAGCUUGAAAGCGGUCACUGGACCGUAGGCGUUACUUUGGAAAAGCCUAAGUUUAGAUACAAGUAUGUUGUUAACGGUAAUGAUUGGAUUCUAGAUAAAAGCGCACCUUCAGAAGAAGAUUCCCACGGAAAUGAGAAUAAUUAUGGUAUUGCACAAUCUAUAGUUCUUGGGGCAGCCAAUACCAAUAAUGAGAAGAAAUGUAAUGGGGAGGGUGCAGAGAGGCAGACUACCCCAACCAAACCUGCAGACAAAGAUUCUGACAUUUUGAAUCGUGAUACACCAGAAAGCAACGAUGACACUCCGGAUUCGAGUCUGGAGUCAGCUGUUGAUGGAAGAAAUGACAAUGAAUCCUCUGAUGUAAAUGAGGAGGUGAAUCAUAAAUCUCUCAAAGCUGACCAAAAUAAAAAUAUGUCUGUAUUUUACCAAAUACUUGCAUCCAUUAGGUGGUUUAUCAAUUAUUACAUUUUGUCAUUGUUCCGUCAUUGA